ACUCCCGCCUCCCCCCCAGCUUUUCCCCACCCGCCCAGAGCGGAGUUAGCCCCGGCUGCCUCUUGCCGCCGUUGUAGAGCGGGCGAGGAUGGCUCGGAAGCCAGGGGGGUUUCUUCAGGAGGCCUCUCACCAAAUCGUCGCCGGGGGCUCGGCGGGUCUCGUAGAAAUCUGCCUGAUGCAUCCCCUUGAUGUAGUGAAAACAAGGUUCCAAAUUCAAAGAGGGAAAACUGAUCCUACCAGUUACAAGAGCCUGGGGGACUGUUUUAGGACUAUUUUCCAGCGAGAAGGAUUGCUUGGCUUCUACAAAGGAAUAUUUCCUCCCAUCUUGGCUGAGACACCCAAAAGGGCAGUGAAGUUUUUCACCUUUGAACAAUACAAGAAGCUACUAGGAUAUGCAUCAUUACCACCAGGACUGGCAUUUGCUGUUGCUGGCUUGGGAUCUGGGUUGACAGAGGCAGUUGUGGUUAACCCUUUUGAAGUAGUAAAGGUUACCUUGCAGGCAAAUCGGAAUGCCUUCACAGAGCAACCAUCUAGCUUUGUUCAAGCUCGGCAGAUCAUUAAAACCGAGGGUCUGGGCUUCCAAGGACUCAACAAAGGUCUUACUGCAACACUGGGUCGUCACGGAGUUUUUAACAUGGUUUACUUUGGAUUCUACUUCAAUGUGAAAAACAUUCUUCCAGUCAAUAAAGAUCCAAAUUUGGAGUUUUUGAGGAAAUUUGGAAUUGGGCUAGUCUCAGGAACAAUAGCCUCAAUUAUUAACAUUCCUUUUGAUGUUGCAAAAAGUAGGAUUCAAGGACCACAGCCAGUUCCUGGAGAGAUCAAGUAUAGAACCUGUUUUAAAACUAUGGCAACAGUCUACCAAGAGGAAGGAUUUCUGGCUCUGUACAAAGGCUUGGUUCCCAAGAUCAUGAGGCUUGGUCCAGGUGGUGCAGUGAUGCUUUUGGUUUACGAAUACGUUUAUGCAUGGCUUCAGGACACAGUUGAUCACAAAUAGUGCUUCUGUAAUAAUAAAGUGAUUCUCACCCUUUAUGGUGUUGAAUGCCCUCAGAUUACACUGAUGUUAAUACAGUUCAAUACAAAUUAGGUCUCCCCGUCCUGAUCCAAGAAAACAUUUCAUCACAUGCUUUUAUGUAAGUGCAUAAAUAUUCUGUAAGUGCAAUAAAUAAAAAGUGCACAGUUGA